CCUUUUUUAAUUCAGAAAACCGUUUCUAACUGUAUGGCCUGCCACUCACAAUAUGGCGGACAGACACGCUGAGCUAAGUCUUCCGGGUCGAAUGGAACGCGGAAUAACGCUUCCUGCCGCUACCAAAAGUAGAAUUGAGCCGGAUAAUGUAGGUCUGCCAGGACUGGGGUCAGGUUCCGGUUUCAACUGGGUCCAGACUGGGACCAGUUCUUCUCCACCGAAUAUGGUUUGCUGCUGUGCUUUCCCUGGCUGCGCCAACAGGGCGUACUCCUGGUCGCCGUACAGGUUCCACCGCAUUCCGCUGGCGGACCUCAACCUCCGCAUGUUGUGGCUGUCGGUGCUGAGGAUGGAUGUCAACACGCCGCCAGCCGCGAUGAAGCAUCUCCGCGUCUGCAGCGCUCACUUCACGGAUGAUGAUUACAUCGGGAAGGGGGAGAAUAAAAGAGGACAGCUGCACCUGAAGGACCACGCUGUCCCAUCCUUCUCACUGGUCAAUUUUACUUUUUUCACUUUUUUUUAUUAGAAAAGUCAUGUAUAAUGUACAAAACACGUCAGGGAAGUAAAUCUGACAGAACUGUUUUAGGAACAGAGCUCGUAAAGUUUAAUUUUGUAAAUCAGAAAAUAAAAACAAACAAAAACAAUUUCUAUAUAUAAUGAAGCAUAAAUAAUAAAGCAUGAUGUCGCUCAUAGCACAGAAUUAGACUAAAUAGAUCUGCCCUAAUGGAUCAGACACACUGUCACAAUACCAGAUCUAGAUUUUUUUCAAUAUCGGGACAGAGAAAGAUGCGAUCGGUGCAACAAGGUAAUGCUGGGUUGCAUAUGACGUAUUACCGAUGUGACGCAUUGCCCUCUUAUGCUUUUUCCUCUUUCCUACUUUUUUGAAACUAAUKUUCAUUUAUGAGGGCAGAAAACUAAACCAAACWCAUCCUGUGUUAAAAAGUAAUCAACUUUAAUCCCUGCCAGAUCUCUAGAAUCAAAACAUCUGAAACAGMACCAGCAUGACARCAUGAAGUAGGCUGAAAGAUCCAGGAAAGCAAAAUAUCGUCCUCUGAUCUGAAGAAAAACAACAGAUGAGAGAAAGUCUGUCAUUCAUUUCACUGGAUUUUAUUUAACACGAAAUAAA